AUUCAGAAGAAAUUUUUUAUAAUCAAAUAAAUUAUUCUCUUGAAUUUCUAUUUUAUUUUAUAAAGGAAAACGUUAAAAUUACAACAAACACUUGUUAAACCAGUACAACAAAUCUAUAAAAUAAAAGAUAACCUCACCUUGUGAAUGAACGAUGUAAACAUCAAAAAAUUUUCGUUGUGUGAGUGAAGAUGACCGAAAUUAAUAUAAACAAUUUUAAACAAAAAUUUCCGGACAUCAAGAAGAAUAUUGAAGCGGCAAAGUUCAUUGGUAUCGACUUGGAAUUUAGUGCUUUGAAUCCCUUCACUAAUUACACUCCAAGUUUAUUCGAUAACCCGAAAGAAAGAUAUAUUAAAUUGAGAAAAAAUGUGGAAAAUACAAUCCCAGUACAAAUUGGGUUAACUGCCUUCAAAUUUGAUGCAGAUAGAAAUAGUUUCGAAGGAAGUGCCUAUACGUUCUAUGUGAAACCUGGUCUAUUUUCCCACAUCAACAGGUAUUUUCUUUUUGAGACUAGUGCCAUUGAGUUUUUAGCUUUACAUAAUUUCGACUUCAAUAAGUUUUUCUACACCGGUAUACCUUAUAUCAGUAAGAUUCAGGAAGAGGGUUUACUCAGAAAGCUCAAGAAUGAUGAUGUCUAUGAAACAAAUAUGAAUUUUUGUUCCAACAUGCAACCUAUUCUCGAUAAGGUGCUGAAAGAAGCUAAUGAAUGGUAUGAAGAGGCAAAGAUCGGGGAAAUACUGCCCCUGAAUGAUCUCACAAAUCGAUAUGUACGUGACAUUGAGUUCAAAUUUUUUUUUCAUAAAUAUAUAAGAAGAAAUUUUGGGGAUGUGAUGGUGCAUCUAAAUGAAGAGCAACUGUUGACAUUGAAGAAAGUUGCAACACAGGAGAUUGCUCAGAUGAACGGGUAUAAUGAUCUGAAUGAGGAGAUCCUUGAUUCACUUCUUGGAUUCACAAAAGUCUAUAAGCUCUUGGUUUCACUGAAAAAACCCAUCAUAGCCCAUAAUGCUUUGAUGGAUAUACUCAUACUUAUCACUAAUUUUGAAGGAAACUUGCCGAGUAGAUAUGAGGAUUUCAAAAAAUUAACAAUGGAAUUAUUUCCCAUUGUAUUUGAUACAAAGCACAUAUAUUAUGAGAUGCGAUCAAAAAUUCCAGAAAAUAAACAACCUAGUAAUUCAGAUCUGAAAACUUUAUUCCAUUACUUUCGAGAUGGAGUUGGCAGACAUAUUGCUAUGCUUUCUCCUGGUAUAGAAGUUGAGGGUGAUAAAGUGGCAAUUGGCAAGUUUCACGAUGCUGGGUGGGACUCCUUCUGUGCUGGUUAUAUUUUUAUCCGAUUGGCAUAUCUUGAAAUCCAUGGAAAACAUCCUUUGGGUAAAGUUUUUAUGCCUACAGAGUAUUUAAGAGGAAUGUUCCAGUACAAAAACUGUCUGAAUGUGAUCAGAGCUUCUAUCAAUUACGUUAACUUAAAUGGUGCUGAUCCUGCUUGCAAGAGGCCCCCUUUGUAUGUUAUAGAAGCUUGUGGUAGCAGGAAACUUGAUUAUAUGGAGUUGACUACAGCCUUGAGUGCAUUUGGAAGUAUAGAAGUAAAACCAAUUUCUUGGAGGAAUAACAAAGCGUUAGUAGCUGUAGACAAUUAUUCAAGUGCUAAAGCGAUGAUAAGAGAAUUCAAGAAAAGCGAAAGAUUUAAAGUACAUCAGUAUAGUUCAAUGAGGCAUUCUCCAGUGGUUCGUGCUGCUAUUUGGGGAAGCGUCACAUUAUCUGGAAUAACUCUAUUACUGCUUAUGCGAAUAGUUACUAAUAGAUGAUAAAAAUAAUGAUAUUACCUAAUUAUUAUAUUUUCCCAGCAUAGUUGAAUAAAAAUUGGUUUUGAAUUACA